AUGCCUGAGUUAAUCCUUCUACCAUCGACCACCUACCAGCCUCCCUCGCCUUCGCAGGCCCGAAGACCGGGGCGGGCACUUAAUACUAUAAUGGAGGAGGACCCGGAAGUACCAAAAAACCUGACUGUGCCUGGAAGCCACAGGAUGCAAGCCCAGUCAUCGAACGAGAAAAUAGUAUCAUGGUUAUCACCUCGAAGUGAUCACUUCCCUACUCCGAGAGGGUUCCACUUCCUGUCAGCACCGAUACUACCCUCCUCACCGUCGACGGUUUCGGCAGAUGAAAGUAAUUCGCCUUCAACUUCCUCAAAUCCGUGGAAUCGGUCAAGCACUUGCACAGAUGUCACUGAAUUUGACGACAUCUACGACGUCUCCGACGACGAAGACAGGAGGAUGCCUUCGAGAAAGUCUUCGCUGAAGCGCCAACAGAGCUCGCGCACAAUGCCGCAGAGGAGGUCGCUUGUUCAAGCUGCCACAGCGUCUCAUCGGGCCCUUCCGAAAUUGAUGAUUCCAGCUUCGCGAGAGCAGAAUGCUGACAGCUGGUCAGGGAGACCUGAUCUUAAGAAGCUGGUGUCUCCGGUGCCACCUACACCUCCGGCAAAGGUCGAAAUGUCGCCUGCUGUGAUCUCCUUCCUCCAGAAGCAGCAAAAUGUAGAGAUCCCAAACGUAUCAGCGCCACCAUCUCUCGAUGGAUCCAUGAGCUCAGAGCAGAUGGCUGCUAUGUCAGCUCCACCAACUCCAAUUAUGGGCGCUGAGGACCAAGCUCAAGAUGCUGACUGGUCUGGCGUUCGGCUACAGCCAGGCGCUCUCGCGACCUUGCGAGCACUGUCUGGAGGCUCUGACGUUGCAGAGGAAGAGUAUCAAUCAGAGCAAGUAAUUGAGAUCCCAGCAGAACCAGCUGUGGAGAUGCAGCAACAGACCUCAGGCCUAUUCAGUUCAAUCCCGAGGCCUGCGCUGAGGCUCGCAACUGAGCAGCGACCCCUGAACGGGCUGACCCGGCUAGAAAUUCCAUCGCCUGGUGGUUUCUUUUCCGGGCUGUCGCCGCGGACUAGGCAUACAUGGCACAUGCCGUCGAUGACCCCUGACGACGUUGCGCCGCCGACUUCGACAACGGCUGAGCAGUUCUAUCGAUGCCCAUGGAACGAUACACCUGCUCCGCCUCUGCCGGCGCUGCCACAAAGUCUACCUCCACCUCCACCACGGCCGCAUCAGCUCGCGAAUGUCCAUUUCCCUAGCCCCCCUUUCGGGUUCCCAACUCAAGUUCGCGAACAAUUUGUUGAGGCACGAGCCACCAUGUCAGAUGGCAUGCCUACAGCAAGGCCAGUGAUCCUAGAGCAGAUCAUCGAAGUGAGGGACGACCAGUCCGAGGGUCUACCGACAGCACGUCGAGUUCCAGAACGCACUGAUUCUUCGGAUUCGUCUGCUACUCAGGUAGAACCAUCAUCGCCAAAGGAGGACAUCGUCGCCACUGAGAUCGUAGCAGACUACGACCCUGAAUACACAAAGAAGCAGCAGAAUGAGGCCUUGUCCAACCUCGACCGCACUGAGCUGUGGCUCAUGGCCCAGAAAGCCUAUUUGAAGGGCGUCAAUCUUGACGAGGAUGUUGAGCAGGAACUGGAGCCGGAGACUGCGGAGAUCCAGCUGGAAGACUCUCCGAGAAUCAAGACACCGGAGCCAGUGGCUUCCCCCGAACCGGCGGCAGCCACCAAGAAGACUGUUCGCUUCUCUGAGAUCGUUGUCAAGACCGACAUCCCUCGAUCUCUACCUUCGAAGCUCGGACGUCAGGAGUCUGCAUACUACCGUGCGUUCCAAGACUACAUCAUCCGCAGCCGCUCCCAAGACUCUUUCGUCCACCGUCUUCCAAGGUAUGAAGCUCUACAGGCCCAGCGUGUCUCCCUGCGCGAGUCUCACCGCAACCAACUUCUUGGCAAGUACCAGCUCUCCGUCAUGCCCCAAUCCGCCAAGAAGCGCAUGAGCGCCAAUGUGGCACGCGGCGACGACGUCAUCCUCGAUGACCCAGAGAAGUUGAAGCGUGAGAAGGAGGCCGAGGCCCUUAGCCAGAUGGCCGCGGCAAACUGGCACGUCAGUGCCACCAAGACCCUUAAUGGUGGUCGUCUCUUCUCCGCCCCCCUGGCCAAGAGACUGGCCCGCUUGUCUCGCAUGGCCGGCCCUACCAACCGGACCAGGAUCUUGGACCUUGGUGGUCAAGCUGCUUGCGACUGGGCAUGGCACUGUGCCAUCAUGUACCCCAACACCAAGGUCUACACCACGACCACCAAGGCCAUCCGCCAGCUCUCCAACUCCAACAUCCGCGGGCCCCCGAACCACCGCCAGGUUGCCGUCGCUCGUCUGGCUAAGCUUCCCUUCCCAGAUGACCAUUUCGAUCUCGUGUCGGCUCGUGAGCUGCACUCAAUCCUGAAGUUCGUCGGCGAGAACGGCGAGGACGAGUGGGAGAGCUGUCUCAAGGAGUGCAUGCGAGUCCUCAAGCCCGGUGGCUACCUCGAGUUCUCCCUCCUGGACUCCGACAUCAUGAACGCCGGUCCCCGCGGUCUCGCCAAGUCGGUCGAGUUUGGCUUCGCGCUUAAGACUAUGGGCUACGACCCCAACCCGACCAAGAUGUUCCUCAGCCGUCUCAACCGCGCCGGCUUCAGCGACGUCCGGCGCGCGUGGAUGUGCCUGCCCAUGGGCGAGAAGCCGGUCAGCCGCAACAUCGUGCGCGACAGCCGCGGCUGCGAGGUGCAGCUCGAGCUCGAGGCCAUGGUGCACGGCAGCACUGAAGGCGCCGCCUCGGUCUGCGGCGUGGCCGGAGGCUGGGCGUGGGAGAAGUGGCUGCUGCGCUGCGAGACGGAGAAGGUGGCCAGCGAGGGGAGGCUGUUGGAGACGGCCGAGAUCCGCGAGGCGGGCAUGUGCCUCGAGGGCGUCCAUGAAGUCGUCGAGGAAGGCAGGAGAUGUGGUGCCGGGUGGCGGAUGUUGAACGGCUUUGCCCGCAAGCCGAUGGCCAAGAAGGAGCUCGUCUCCAUUGGCUUGGCGCAGUAG